AUGUCCAAUGUGGCCAGACUUAGUCAAGUGUCUGACGAGUAUACCCAACUGAAGUUAGAGCGCAACAAAUGCGUCAGUUUAUUGCAGACUGCGAUGAAGGUCAGUUUAGACACAAGGGAGCGCCUCAAGCUGCACACAAACGAGGCUGAGAUUUUUGUCACUUGGGUGCACCGGCAGGAACAAGCAAUUAUGCGCGAACGCCGUCUGCAUACAACAGUACUCGUGAUGCGCGACCAUCGUAGACACGAGGUCUGCAAACUUGCAGCUGUUCACCAGGAGCAGCAUUGGAAGCGUGAGCAGAUGAGACAGGCUAUUCAGCGGCUGAACGCCAUGUACAAUCAGACAGAAGCAGAGAUCAUCAGCAUGAAAAAGGCUUGCGAUCGCAACGCUCGCCUCCGUAACGAGCGGGCAAUGCUGCUAAUAGAACGUAACCAGGAGGUGUACAUUCUUCAGGAACGAGCAAAAGCCCAGGAAAUGUCAGAAAGGCAAGCCCUAAUUGACUUGAGAGGUCUGGAUGCACAAUAUCAAUGUUUUAAGCUAUACAGCAAGCAAGUAGAACGUUACACAAACCUAUUCAAAGAUCAGGUGCCGAAGAAGCAUCAACUCGAGUCCAGAGUGAAGGCUCUAAUACACGAGGUGAGAGAAAAUUGGCAUCAAGUUUAUCUAUUUGAUUUUUUAGGAUUUGGCAUGUUGAUUUUCUUUUGCACAGAAUAUCCCUCAUGA